AAGGGGCACGAAGGGAAAGCACAGGCGGUGUGGUACACGGGGGCGGUUUCCCGCUGGGCCCAGAGCCUGAACCAGAGCCAAUCGCGCAGCCGAGGCAGCUGCCAAUCACACGACUCCCUCCAAUCCCACCCGAGCCAUUUCCAAAAACUCGGUCCCACUGUGCAGCUCAAAUGUGGUGUUCACUCUGCCAAUCGCUGGAGGAUAGAGUGGGGACAAGAAUAAGCAGUUAGGAGGCCCGGACACAAGAAGUUAAAGAGCCCCUAAUAUAUACAUGUUUUUGAAGGCGGGCAGAGGGGGAAAAAGUCCCCCCAGUGAGGGUCUAUGGGCCUGAUUGUAUAGUUAUGAUGGAGCCCCCUUUGAGCAAGAGGAACCCGCCAGCGCUGAGAUUAGCGGAUUUGGCAACGGCUCAGGCCCAACAGCUUCAGAAUAUGACAGGCUUCCCGGUGCUGGUCGGCCCGCCCGCCCACUCCCAACGCCGCGCGGUCGCCAUGCACCUCCACCCGCGGGACCUAGGCACUGACCCCGGCGUGGCCAGCACUGCGCUCGGACCCGAGCACAUGGCACAGGCCAGCGGGCAGGACCCCUGCCCUCCCUCCCAGGGGCUCCCCAGGCUGUCCCAGGCUCCCGCACCAGCCGCCCGCUCCGUGGCCUCAGGGACUCACCCGGGCGCCCGCACCCACCCCGACGGCGGGGGCAGCAGUGGCGCGCAGGCCUCGGCGCCCCCGCCUCCAGCCCCUCCUCUUCCUCCCUCCCAGUCCUCCUCUCCCCCUCCCCCGCCUCCUCCUCCUCCUGCCCUCUCGGGCUACACUGCCACCAACAGUGGCGGCGGCGGCAGCAGCGGCAAAGGCCACAGCAGGGACUUCGUCCUCCGGAGGGACCUUUCCGCCACGGCCCCCGCGGCGGCCAUGCACGGGGCCCCGCUCGGAGGGGAGCAGCGGUCCGGCAGCAGCUCCCCCCAGCACCCGACCCCGCCUCCCCACCCGGCCGGGAUGUUCAUCUCGGCCAGCGGCACCUACGCGGGCCGGGACGGCGGCGGCUCCGCGCUCUUUCCCGCGCUGCACGACUCUCCCGGGGCUCCCGGUGGCCACCCGCUAAACGGCCAGAUGCGCCUGGGGCUGGCGGCCGCCGCGGCGGCUGCGGCCGAGCUGUACGGCCGCGCCGAACCACCCUUCGCUCCGCGCUCAGGGGACGCGCAUUACGGGGCGGUGGCGGCCGCCGCGGCCGCCGCCCUGCACGGCUACGGAGCCGUGAACUUAAACCUGAACCUGGCUGCCGCAGCGGCGGCCGCAGCGGCCGCGGGGCCCGGGCCCCACCUGCAACACCACGCGCCGCCCCCGGCGCCACCGCCGGCGCCCGCGCCGCACCCGCACCACCCCCACCUCCCGGGGGCGGCCGGGGCCUUCCUGCGCUACAUGCGGCAGCCAAUCAAGCGGGAGCUCAUCUGCAAGUGGCUGGACCCAGAGGAGCUGGCCGGUCCGCCGGCGCCCGCGGACAGCGGCGUCAAGCCCUGCUCCAAAACUUUCGGCACCAUGCACGAGCUGGUGAACCACGUCACAGUGGAGCACGUGGGCGGCCCGGAGCAGAGCAGCCACAUCUGCUUUUGGGAGGACUGUCCGCGCGAGGGCAAGCCCUUCAAGGCCAAGUACAAGCUCAUCAACCACAUCCGCGUGCACACCGGCGAGAAGCCCUUCCCCUGCCCGUUCCCGGGCUGCGGCAAGGUCUUCGCGCGCUCCGAGAACCUCAAGAUCCACAAGCGCACUCAUACAGGGGAAAAGCCUUUCAAAUGUGAAUUUGAUGGUUGUGAUAGGAAGUUUGCCAAUAGCAGCGAUCGAAAGAAACACUCCCAUGUCCACACCAGCGACAAGCCCUACUACUGUAAGAUUCGAGGCUGUGAUAAAUCGUACACCCACCCAAGCUCUCUGAGGAAGCACAUGAAGAUUCACUGCAAGUCCCCCCCACCUUCGCCUGGAGCUCUUGGCUACUCAUCGGUGGGGACUCCCGUGGGUGACCCUUUGUCCCCUGUGCUGGACCCAACCAGGAGUCGAUCCAGCACUCUGUCCCCUCAGGUGACCAACCUCAAUGAGUGGUAUGUUUGCCAGGCCAGCGGGGCCCCCAGCCAUCUCCACACACCUUCCAGCAAUGGAACCACCUCUGAGUCUGAAGAUGAGGAAAUGUAUGGGAACCCUGAAGUCAUGCGGACGAUACAUUAGAAUUAUUAUUAAUAAGUGAGGUAGUAAGUGGGAGUCCUUGGACCAUGUCCUAACCUGAAACAAUGCUGAGCCUGAGACAAACUGGUGACUCAGACUUGCCACCGGGUCUAAUUAGCCCUAUUUAUUCAGUAUGAAACCCUAUGGUGUUUGUACAUUUAAUUAAUUUAAUUAAGAUAUUUGGUUGUGGGUUGGUUUUUUUGUUUUGUUUUGUUU